GGCUGCAGCGAUGAGGACCGACCGCAGCCGAAGCCACAAGUUGACCCCAAAGCCGACGCACGGAGGACGCGAUGAGCCGGACGGGCGGGACGCGAGCAAAUACGUGGACUUGGAUUUGAAAGUGAGCCACUCUGGAGAAGGGAAUCAACCCCUCGCCGUUAUUAGCAGCGGUGACGUCCUGAGCGCACCGACAGGAAACCGCGAUUCAGAUACUAAAAGCGAGGAGACGGAACACGUCACGGUUUGGAAAACCGUGGAGGUUCAUGCGGAAACUCGUCCUGAUCCCCACGCGUCAUCAGGUCUGAACACGCAGCCGGAGGACCUCCUCGAAUCAAACGGCACCGAGAAGAACCAGCGCGUAAUUACGCACGACGCGCCCAAAAAGGAAGAGGACAAAAACCCGUCAACCGACGAGGAAUUCCGUCAUUCUGGUGACUAUUUGAGCGACACACUUGACUCUGACUCUGAUGAUGAUGACGUCAGUUUGAUGCUCUCCGAUGAGUGCGUCCCGUGCGUAACGGAAGACGAGUCCCACUAUAUUACCACGCAUGAGAUCCAGUUGUCGGAGCUUUCUGAUCAGGAGCGGGACCGGGACACGGGGCUGGGCUCCUCCGGCUGGGACACCGAGGAUGACCACCGGGUCUACACGUUUGCUGAUUAUGCCUCUCUCCAGUCUGACGGCGCGCGCGCUCCGGGCGCAGCAGUCAGCACUCUGCUGGAAAGUGAUCUGUCCGACGCGGCGGGACAGAUCCACCUGUCAGUCAGAACCACUUCCAAAGCUAUAAAUGACCCCAGCAACGUCCAAGAACAGGAAAAGAUCCUUUAUCAUGUCUCCGGAGACGUGAGGCGCCGCGUGUUCGGUGGCGAGGCAGAGAAGUUAUGUGACAGGGCGAAGCGUUUCGUGGCCGCGCCCGAGCGCGUGCACUUCGGCACUAAAUUAAAGGCCAAAGAGCUGACUGAGAAUUCCAGCCGCACGUCCAGCGAGAUGGACGACGCUGACAAGGAGGUGCGCAGUCUGACCGCCAAGGCCUUCAAGAGCCUGGCCCGCCCCCACCCGGCACCGGACGGCCUCAGCGCGUCCAGCGAGUCCUCCCCGUCAGAGUGCGGCCCCGCCAUCAACAGGCGGGCCACGUUUGUCGGCGACGUGGACCAGAACCUGGCGCCUCACAAAAAGUCGACUUUUGAAAGAGCAGAAAACUUAGAGAGUAAUAACAGUAAUCAGGGCGCGGCGGGAGGACGACCCCCCCGCGGCGCUACCUGGUCCAGCCGGCAGGUGGAGCUGCGGGGUCACUGCGGGGUCAUUAGGCUCACGGAGACGCUGAACUUCCGCUGCAAUGUCAAAUCUGCAAUGCCGGGGGAAGAAAGCCCCUCCAAGUUUGCGCAAAAUGCCGCGGGAUCGCGUUCCGCGGAUAAAGUUACCCGCAGCGCGCCAAGCGGGCGCAGAGGAGCGCACGGCAAAACCAUGGAAGACGCGCACAAGAAAGCCGUCUUCGCCUCCAGCCUGAUUAAAAAUGUCAUCUCCAAAAAGAUGCAGUUCGAGCAGGAGCGCAAAAUGGAGCGAGGGGAGAUCCGCGAGCCGAACCCGAACCCGAACCCCAACCCGGGGAGCAGGGAGCUGCACAGACAGACCUCCAAAGUGUCCGACACCAGCCCCGAGCACGCCACCGUGCGCGUGGAGGAAUCAGGGGGCUCCGCCGGGCAGGACGCGCGCGCCGCCGUGGCACCGGAAUCUAAUUUGGAGUCGACCGACGAAGCUGGGAUCGAUCCUAAAAAAGGCGCAUUGGAAGCGCGCGGAAGCACGUUGCUGCGCAGCCAAAAUAGCGCCUUCAGAUGCUGGAAGGAGCUCGAGUGUCCGCAGGAGCCGAGAAGCCAGGCGGAACCGGACUCGGAGUCGGACGGAAACCGGAGGAAAAUGUCGCAUUUGUUCGUGCCCACGAUCCAGCUGGUGCCCGGUGACGCACGGACAGAACCGGCGGCGGGGGGAGGCGCAUUCAGAGUGCGCUCUGACAACACCUUAUACAUCGCGGGCUCCACCAGCGCGUCCACGUCCAAUAAGUCUCCGGAAAUCAAAAUUAACCUGCGGAGCGUCAGGGAGCCGCUCGGCGCCUCCAGGCUGCUGCGCGCUCCGAACCCGGACCUGAUCAGAACCGAUGACUUCAAAUGUCAGGCGCUGGCCGCCGCCUUAAAGGGGGAGUGUGCGGACAAAGUGCCGCACUUCACGGUCAGAGACAUCCGAGACAACAAGGGGAAGCUGCAGACGCCCAUCCACCAGGUGAGGGACGUGCGCAAACUCGUCAAAAGCUCCUACCACUUUGUUUCUCUGGACAACAACGAGGACAGGUCGUGUCCCCGGAACCCCGCCUCCGUGUCCCCCAUAGUCAUCAAAUGUCAAAGCGUCAACACCAACAGAAACCAAGCCGAGCCCGCCGAGGCGGACAGGUCAUCGCCAGAGGGCGCUCAAAGCAGGCCAGCAGGCAGAGCGUCUGUCAAUCAAGACGAGUCCACGGAGGGGGGCGCUGGAUGUGGGUCCACCACCGAAAGGAGGAGGCCGGACAAAGUAGACAAGCCCGAAUCCAAAGUGUCCAACCAGGCUGCGCUGGAGAAACUCCAAGCUGCUGUCAAAACCAUGGAGCAGCUCUACGUGUUCGAAAAGAACGAGUGGAAGAGAAAGAGCGAGACCCAGCCGCUGAGCGACAGCCCGGAGGAGGGAGACAGGACUCAGUCUGUCAGCAUGGACAGCCUGCUGAGGAGAGAAGACGCCAGCAAGGCAGUCCAGGAAAACCGGCUGGCUGCUCAGUCCCUGCAAAACAUCUGCAUCUCCGAGAGCAAGCCCGGCAGCUCCAAGUCACCGUUCAGCUCCAGAAGCUUCGGCCUAAAGGCGCCCAGGCUGCCCAUGUCUCUCACCGUCAGCCAGAAGAAACCCGGCGAGGGCAGCCAUGAGGACGGAACCAGCCGGGAGCCUUCAGCCGACAGCCAGAAGUACCUGACCAUUCCUGUCCAGCCUCACGUCAGCAGCAGCAAACAGGUUCCUCCUGCUGAUAAAGCUGGAGGUUCCGCACCCAGCAGCAGCACCAGGACCCCGGAUUCUACCAGCCAGCCUCCCAAACACGCCAGCAUCACCAUGCACACGUGCUCUUCAGAAAUGCCCUCCGCCACCAUCUACCACUCUGUGCCCGUCGGCCUGUCUGCCAGUCAGCCGCAGCUCUACUGCUUCUCCCCGGCCGUCACCCCGGCGCCAGCCCUGGACCCCUUCCAGGCCACACAGAGGAAGAUGCUCCUGGAUCCCACCACCGGGACCUACUACCUGGUGGACACGCCCAUACAGCCGGCCUCCAAGCGGAUGUUUGACCCGGAAACAGGACAGUACGUGGAUGUCCCCAUCCCGCAGUCUCCUGUGCACCUGCCCAUCUCGCCUCUGGCUCUAAGUCCCAGCACCUACAUGAUCUACCCGGGCUUCCUGCCCUCUGUGAUCCCAGCCCGCGCGCUGGUGCAGUCUCAGGUGUCCCUGCACACCCAGAGCACAGACAAACCCUCCCUGCAGACUGAGGGCGCCUACAUGGACAGUCCGUACUACAUGUCUGCUGGAGCGUCUCCUCAGAUGACCUCGGUGCCCCAUCAGCAGCCCAGCAGGCCGCCGCCGGGCGCCAAACCGCCGGUCAUCAGCUUUACAUCGCCGCAGGGCCCCCGCAUCAUCGCGCCACCCUCCUUUGACGGGACCACCAUGAGCUUCGUGGUGGAGCACCAAUAAAGAAGUCUGAGCUCUGAUUGGCUGCUGGGCUGCUCCAGGGACAGAUCCGGGGGGGAUGAGGGGUGCACCCCCCUACCAGCCAAAAAAAAAAGAAAAAAAAAAUGGAGAAGAUGCAACAACAAAACAUAUAUGAAGGGAUAAAGAAAAUGUAAAAAAAAUAAAGAAAAUAAAGCAAGAGAGAGUUUUUAAGUUUGAUAACUUAAUGUUUGGCACCAUGUCUUCAUCAUUACCGUCGACCGGAACAAAGAAUGUGGCAGCAUUUUUACACUGUGCCAUCUGUCCAAAGAACUAGGAUAAAGGUCUCUGAUCUGCUGGAUACUGUUGUAGAUUAAAGUGUUUUUGGUGAUUCCUGGACAAUCUAUCCAAAAUUCACCAGUGAAUAUGAUACGUUU